UAAAGAAAACGACUCUUGAAAAACACUUUAAGAGCGUUUACUUUUUCUGUUUUCGAUUUCUGUGCUGACAAAAUUUACAUGGUCCUAAAAGUUGCCGGAGAUAGCAAGGGCGGUCGGCCUCAGCAAUAUGUCAAGUCCAGGGGUGCAAUUACAAGUCGAAGACCAGCAAGUGGUGAUGGAUAAUGGCAUACUGCAGGUGACCUUAUCAAACCCAGACGGACUUGUCACUGGAAUACAGUAUAAUGGCGUUGACAAUUUGCUCGAAGUUCUUAACAACGAAACUGAAAGAGGAUACUGGGACCUUGUAUGGAGUGUUGCUGGAAGUGCAGGAACAAAGGGUAUAUUUGAUAGGAUGGAAGGAACAAAGUUUGAGGUAAUAGUGGAAAAUGAAGAACAAGUGGAGCUCUCAUUCAGUAGAACGUGGGAUACCUCCCUUGAGGGCAAGCUUGUUCCCCUGAAUAUAGAUAAAAGGUUCGUAUUGCUUCGUGGUUGCUCGGGGUUCUACUCGUAUGCCAUUUAUGAGCACUUGGAGGAAUGGCCUGCUUUCAACAUUGACAAUACGAGGAUCGCAUUCAAGCUCAGGAAAGACAAGUUUCAUUACAUGGCAAUAGCAGACAACAGACAGAGAUUCAUGCCCUUGCCUGACGACCGUUUACCAGACAGAGGGCAAGUCUUGGCCUACCCGGAAGCAGUCCUGCUUGUGAAUCCCGUGGAACCAGAGUUCAAAGGAGAGGUGGAUGAUAAGUAUCAAUACGCCCGCGAGAACAAAGAUAAUCGGGUUCACGGGUGGAUAUCCAAUGACCCACCAGUAGGGUUCUGGCAAAUCACAGCCAGCGAUGAGUUUCGAUCUGGUGGACCCCUCAAACAAAUCCUUACCUCCCACGUCGGUCCCACUACCCUCGCCAUAUUUCACAGCGUGCACUAUUCAGGAGAGGAUCUGAUAUUGAAAUUUGGAGCAAAUGAGGCAUGGAAGAAAGUUUUUGGCCCCAUUUUUAUUUAUCUUAAUACUUUGACUACUGAAGGAGAUGACCCGAUUUUGCUCUGGGAGAAUGCUAAGAAACAGAUGAUCAAUGAAGUUCAAAGCUGGCCCUACGAUUUUCCAGCUUCAAAUGACUUUCAAUCGUCGGAUCAACGGGGUAAUGUUAGUGGUAGAUUGCUAAUCCAAGACAGGUAUGUUAGUGAAGAGUGCAUACCAGGAGAUGGUGCUUUUGUGGGAUUGGCACCCCUAGGGGAUAUUGGAUCAUGGCAAAGAGAAUGCAAGGGUUACCAAUUUUGGACAAGAGCUGACAAGGAUGGCUAUUUCUCUAUUAAUGACAUACGAACUGGUGACUAUAAUCUUUAUGCAUGGGUCCCCGGUUUCAUCGGUGAUUACAAAUAUGAGGCUGCUUUUAACAUAACAUCAGGUUGUAACAUUGAUGCGGGUAAUCUUGUUUAUGAGCCUCCAAGAGAUGGCCCAACAUUGUGGGAAAUAGGCAUUCCCGAUCGCACUGCUGCUGAAUUCUAUGUUCCCGAUCCAAACCCGAAGUAUAUUAACAAACUCUAUGUCAAUCAUCCUGAUAGAUUCAGGCAAUACGGAUUAUGGGAAAGAUAUGCAGAACUAUAUCCUGAUGGAGACUUGGUUUACACGAUCGGGACUAGUAACUACACAAAAGAUUGGUUCUUUGCUCAAGUUACCAGGAAGAAAGAUGAUAACACGUAUGAGGGAACGACAUGGCAAAUUAAGUUCAAACUUGAGAGUGUGGAUGGGAGUGGAACCUAUAAAUUACGAUUAGCACUUGCAACUGCACAUGCUUCCGAAUUACAAGGGUUUACAACCUAUGCGGAGAGGAGGAUUGUGGAAGCUGUACAAGGGGAGGACAGAGCCACAAUGAAUAUUGGAAUUGGUUGGAGGGGCUUAAAUGAGGAAAUGGAGCGAUUCAAGGACAGGAUGGAGUUCACAAAACUCAAAACCAAUCAGGAAAGGACGGAGCCACAUUGAAUAUUGGAAUUGGUUGCAGGGAUUAUUAUGGUGUGGUAGAGAAAACGUUGAAGGAAGUUGGGAGGAUGAAGUACCUGCACCCGCUCUACACUACUCUUGUACAAGGCCCUGGAAAGGAAGAGGAGAAGAUUUUGGCUCAGAGGGUGUUUGCAGAGGCUCGUGACUGUUAUCACCCUAUAGCUCAAGGUGUCGUUGCAGCAAUCCUUGCCAAGCACCUCUAGAGUGGCACAUAACAAUAAUGUUUACAUGCCUGAAUUUCUUAAGAUUAUCCUUAAUGUACUUUCUCUUUCUCUAAAAU